AUGUCGACAAGCGAACCCAUGCCCGGAGGAAGUGACUGCCUGAUCAAAUUCGGAUCUCGGGCCGACUACAACCGCUUCGUUGGCCAACUGCGCUCUCAACUCCGCUCGUAUCUGAUCACCUCAUGUCAAGAAAACAAUAUCGAAAUCGGCAGCCCGGACCACCUGGCUGUCGAAUCCGUCCUCAUGGAUGAACAGUCUGUUCUGACCAGUUUGUCUACUUUCAGGUAUUCAUGA